UCACACUCCAUCAUCCUCCUGUAAUGAUCCGCGACUCACAUGCAGAACCUCUGACACGAAUCGCAAGAAACGACCCCAAAAAAAACUGUGUCACAGUGAAGCCAUCGUUGCAAAAAAAAGAAACUAGAGCAGGCUGGAUGCAGUUUGAGAGUUUGCUGAAGAUUGCAGAUCAUUUCCAGAUACCUCAGCCCGCGACAACAGGAAACGAGAGAAAGAGCGACGCUGACAGAACUGAAACCUGCGUCCAUGAAGCUGCGACCUCACAAUGCUCCCCGGCUGUCUGUGAACUGAGGCGAUGGAGAGCCCGUCGUCCACAGUGAGGCGGCGAGCCUGGAUCAACAGCAGCCGACAUGCACCCACUCUGGAGGAGCUGGAACCUGUCGGCCCGCUUUGCAACCUCCCCUCUGCCUCUAUAGCAGAUGAUGAUGUCUUUUCUGACGGAUGCUUCACAGGAAAGAUUGAGAACUGGCUCCUUGGUUGUGGGUCAGAGAAGAACGGUCAGCUGAGUUUUGAGUCUGUGCUGAAAACCAGCACUUUUGAAGAUGAGCUCAGUCUUGGCGCUGAUGCUUCUUUGCUAAAUGUUGGAGAGAGUACAUCUGAAGCUGGCCUCUCACAGCAUCCUUCCCCCAAAAAAUGUCCCAGCAGACUCACCAGUACCCCUCGUCAGAAACUAUGUCUGCCGGUGCUGAACUUGGGCCACAGCAUGGCCUCCAGCUGCUUGUCCUCCUCCACCUUGACAACUACAUCAAGUGUAUUGGAUGUCCUGCAGAUGUGUUCGGAGGAUGCUGAGGAGACGCUAUACGAGCUGGGUUUUGGCUGUGAUGAGCCGCAGGUCACUGUUCGGAUCCCUCCGCGCUUCUUCACCUUCCCUUCUUUGUCUAAGGGCAUCAACUUCCGCCUCUUCCUUGACUCACAGCUACGGCGGAUACGAGAGGAAGACCCCAGCCUCUCUCUUGCUAGUCGUUUCAGACAAGUGCAAGUGCUCACAGCAAUGGCCAACGCUUUCUACUCCCUCUACUCUCACGUGUCCCGCACUCCUCUACAGAAAUUGGCCACACCAGAGUUUACCUUCUCCUCGUCUCCCGUGGAGAGGAUCGAACGCUUCAGGAGCAGCGUCCGCAGCGAGCCUCGUUCUCCUGUGGAGAGGCUGAAGGACACUGUCUCCAAGAUGUGUCUCUACACGGGUUCUCCUCGGGGGUCAGACUCCACGUCUCCACAGCCCUCGCCCAGAAAAACGCCCAGCCUCCCUGAUGUUGUUGACAUAGUCCUGGAGAGUGUCAAGACUGGGGCCAGCAAGAAACUGGAUUUGGGGGUAAAGGACAAGAGUAAAUCAGCUGUGGAUGUUAGGAUGGUCACGAUUGGUGAGAAAUCUUGUGACGGUGGUAAAGAGGAGCAAACACAGCAGACCGUGGCGGACAAAGACAAUCUUCAAAAUGGAAAUACGGUCCGUAUCGAGGAGAUUCAGGGCAGCAAACAGACAGAUAACGUUGAUCCCAAUAAAAAUAGAGUCAAACCAGGAGACCUUUACGGCAGGACUCACAGUGAAGGAACAUCUCUAGCGUCAUCAUUAUCAGGAGAAACCGUUACAGAAACAGAUCAUCAGUUCAUUUCAACUCAAAGUGACACACGGACAGCUGAUCCAAAACCAGUUGCCAAGGUUACAUAUGAUCUAAUCUGCCCACAGAUAGUGGAGAGUGUACACCAGGCACUUUUCUGCUGUCAUCACACACGUAGUGCAAAAACAAACACCCUGCCUCCUAUCUCCUCUGAGACUGGGAACAGAGAUAGAUCAUGUCCUGGAUCACAUAAACACGAUGCACAAACCACUAUCUCUGAGUCUGAUGCCGGACAGCUGGAUGCAUCCAGGUCACUUCCUGGCCUGGCCUCCAAUAGUAGCUCCGCCCAGUGCUGCAUCACUGUUACUGGCUGGGAGAGGGACGACGACUCUUCUACUGUCCCACCUGUCCAGGCUUGUGAGGAGUCCUUUAACGGGGGGAAAAGCAGGUACCUAAAUCCAAAGACGCACCAGGUCCUCAGGCACGACUCCAAUAACCUGCAACCGGUUAAUUCCUUUGAGCUGGAGGAGGUGCACAGUGCAGGAGAGGAAGAUUUUGGACAAUUAGAAACUACAAGAACAACAACCUCCCAGUUGUCCGAAAAACAUCAAUACAAAGGUGAGGUGGUCCGGGGCGACAGCAUGCAGUCAGACAGCAGCGGCUACGCAGACGAAGAAGUCAGCCCCUCACUGAACACACAAAGCAGAUGACUGAAAA